AUGUCUAAUUUCAAGAUUACAGAGAUGGAAGGAGAUCUCUUCAGUGCUCCAGAUUUGUAUUCAUUAGCCCACUGUGUGGCAGCUGACUUUGGAAUGGGAGCUGGUAUCGCUGUGAAGUUUAAGCAACUCUAUGGGGGAGUUAAUGAACUACUCGCACAAGCUGUUCAAACCGGAGGUGUUGCUGUACUUAAAGACAAUAAGAGAUUCAUAUAUUAUUUGGUAACUAAAGACCAAAGUUGGGACAAACCAACCUAUAGUAGUUUACGAAGUUCACUGGAAGAAAUGCGUAAACACUUGAAAUCCAACAAUGUUGAAAAGUUAGCCAUGCCACGUAUAGGAUGCGGUAUUGAUGGCCUCGAAUGGGAUAAAGUAAAUGCAGAACUAAUCGAAGUUUUUAAAAAUGAAAAUGUACAAAUCGUGGUAUACAACUUUGUACCAAAGUAG